AACCUUAGAAUCACGGAAUCACAGCAUGCCACGUUUUGGGUGGACCCACAUCAGGGCCAUCUAGAAGGCUACAAGUCCAGUAUUCUCUAAAACGACGGCCUGUUGAACCACAGAUUCCUUGAUAACGCGUGUUUGAAUGUACAAAACCCCUCACAUCUGAUCAGCGGUGUGACAAAUUGAAUUCUAUUUUGAUUCUAGAUACAUCCUCGAUCAAUCGUUGAUCUCCAAGUUCAGAGCCGACGAAAACAAGCGAUGUCGAAGAACGACGAACCGGCGAUCGGGAUCCCCUAUAAUGCUGCCUACCAGGCUCCUAUGCCCCAGCAGAUUCAUCAGCAGUAUUACGUCGGAGCGAACCCCUACCAAGCCGGAAUGAUCCCUCCAAACGCCGUUGUUGGAGACCCGAAAGGGAUCCCCAUCCAACAGACGAUUUACAGAGACACCCCCGCUCCUUUCAACUGCGUCUACUGUGGGAAUUCCGGCGUCACCACCGUCAAGUCAAAACCAAGUCUGGCAGCUGUUGUUGGAUGCAUGAUGCCAAUGAUGCUUGGAAUUUGCUUUCUUUGCCCUUCCAUGGACUGCCUCUGGCAUAAGUAUCACUAUUGCCCUACCUGCAAUGAGAAGGUUGCUGAUUUUGAGAAGUCCGAUCUUUGUGCUGUGAUGGAUCCUCCUCACUUUAUACAGCAGAGCUUUGCAUUACCUGCGUGACAGCAGCUGUUCUUCAUUACCUGCGUGCAUGUAACAUUCAGUCUGUUUGUGUGUGGUUUGCUCAAUAGAACUGAAUGAAGUGUGAUGAACUAUGUUUUCUUCACACAUAAAGCUAUUACCAAAGGUUGUGAAAUAAUACAUUUGAGCCACUGUACAAAACAUCCCAUUUUGAAUGAUUGAAUAAACUCCUAUACUUGGAUUACUCGAAUGUAUCCUGAAGUGA